CAAUCUUCUAAACCUUUGGCUGUGGCUUACAAAAUUCCCCAGCUAAACAAUCCCCCUUUCGUGUCUAAUUUGCGAUUUGAAAAUCAGUUAGGUUUACUGAUGGCGGCAAUCAGAACCACCGCUAUAGUUCUCGUCAGGGAGAUAUUCCGGCCAUCGGCUUCUAUUCGCACCUAUCGCUCGCUCCUGUGGUCCGUUCCGGCUCCGCUCCGUUUUGUUUCCCGUCCAAUAAGCUACACUCCGAUCCGCUGCGCUGCGGCUCCUGAUUCCGGUAAUAAGAAGACGUCGGCGCGGAUGUCUCAGGUGCAGCAGCAGUUGCAUGAAGCCAUGGAGAGAGCUGCUGGUGGUGAUGAACCUGUUCCGAAGAUUACUCUAGAUCAUGUUACCGUGAGUUUCGCGAGGAGUGGUGGACCCGGAGGUCAAAAUGUCAACAAAGUAAACACCAAGGUUGAUAUGCGGUUUAAUGUUAAGGAAGCCUAUUGGUUAAGUGACAGGAUUAGAGAGAAAAUUCUACAGAUGGAAAAGAACAGAAUCAACAAAGAUGGCGAGCUCGUGAUUUCCUCCACAAAGACCAGAACACAAAAAGGUAACAUUGAGGAUGCCUUGGAGAAACUACAGGCAAUUAUUGAUGCUGCUUCAUAUGUCCCACCUCCUCCAUCAGAAGAACAAGUAAAGAAAAUUACUAAAAUAGCUGCUGCAGCGGAACAUAAAAGGCUGCAGAACAAGAAGGUCCUGUCUCAGAAGAAACAAUUUAGAAGAAGCAGAGACAGUUAUGACUAACCACCAAUGGCAGUUAGGUUCUACAGCUCAACCGAUUAUAGAUCAUGUAAGAUUGCGUAAAAUCCAAUAAAAUCAUUUACUGUUUUUUCUAGGUAAAACUAGGUGCUUUCAUUCAUUACUUGUUCACUGUAUCUAGGAGUCAUCUGAAGCUCAAAAUUUGCUACUUGUUCAUAUUACAUAGAAAAUUUAAAAUUUGGCAGUUGUAACUUAGCUGAUUACCUCAUAUUUACAGCGGCGGUUCAAAAUCUUUAGGAGCCUAAAACAAACUUUAAAAA